AUGGCGCCCCUGCGGCUCCGCCCCCGGACGCCCGCCUUGGAGACCCCGCCCCUCCGCGGUCUUUGCGUCUUUCCGGCUCCGUCUUGGAAGUGGGACUGCGCCGCGUCUUGUUGGAGAAGCAGGUGGGAUUGUGCGGGGAAACCGGUCAGCUUUUACGCCGGGAGCCGGGAGCGGGGCGGGGGUGUGCUUAGAGGGACGACCAAGGUGCCGGAUGCGAAGAAAAGCGGGGGCGUGGAGACUCGGAGCCCGAGUCACGCGGCCUCUGCCUCCGGGACGCAGCCCCGUGCGCCGGCCUUCCGCACUCCAGGCCCCGGAUCCGUCGUGGUGAGCCGCCGCCAGCGGACGACCCCCGCCCGCACUCCCCCCAGCCCCCGUGCGUCUCGGGAACUCCCCUACCUCCUCCCGCGCAGCCGCCCUCUACCCCAAGAACUCUUUCUGCCCUCUCCUCGCUGCCCCAGGAGCUCCCCCUCCCCCACCUACCCUGCGUCCCCAGGAAGUCCCCCCGACCCGACCCGGGAGCUCCGCCUUCAGCUCCAGGAACCGCCCGCCCCCGCCUCGGGUCCCGGGAACUCUUCCUCGCGGCUCCAGGAGCCCCUCGGAUUAGGGAGCUCCGCCUUGCCUCCCCUGCGGCUCCGGGAAGCCCGGGCAGGAGAACUCUUUACCACUUCGCAAACACUUUCGCCUCUCUCGGCGGCCUGA